AAGCGUCGUAAAGACGGACGCGUUCCAAGGCCGCCUUUUCGUACGCGGACACUACACAUAAAUCAUGUUACCCAUGAAAAUUUUUCAAAAUUAAGUGUCGACACUAUUUUUCGAAAUUCGUCGAUGUGCGACAAUGUCGAAGCAGAACUCCAACAACGUGUCGCAGGGCGACGACGCCUCCUUGCGCUCCCUCAGCUCGGAGGACGUCUCCCAAGCCCCUCGUGGCUACUGCUGUGCCAAAUCGGCCAACCCCGCCGAUGGCAAAGGGCGCAAAUUGCACCUUUUGCAAAUGCUCGUCUUGCCCUUCAUCCCCAUCAUGGCCCUGAUUGUACAAACAGCCGUCAUACUCAACAACAUCAUGGUCUAUCGACAAGAAGUCAUGGAUAUUGAAAACCAGGUGACUAUAGCCGAAGAGCUCGGCAAAGUUGUGACAAGAAUGCAAUUAGAGCGUUCCGAAGUCGCUUUUCACGUUUACACAAAUGGCAGCAACUUACGAUCUAACCUAUCGCGGCGCUUCGAUCUGACGAAUUCUGCUCUACAAAAUAUGAGCAGUUGGCCUGAAGUCUCUCUACCUUCAGAUGACGGUCAAGUGACCCAUCUGGACAAAGACACCUUCCAAAAAAAACUUGAUGAGUUUCGGAUAAAAGUUUUGAGUCGAGAGGAAAGUACAAUGACUGAAGUCUUGUUGUGGUAUACUUCAGUAAAUGCCGCCAUGUUGGAACACUUGACCAAUCAGAUCAAGGAAGCGGAUAAUAGUGGUGUAUGGAGUCUUUCAAGGUAUUUAUUGGCGUUCAAGAAUUUACUCAAGAGUAUUGAGAGUACAGGAAUUGCGAGUGUCUACGGUGUCAAUUAUUUCGGAAGAGGGGAACUCAAAAGUGCCAAUCACACGAGUUAUAUAAGACACGACGCCAUUGCUAAAGACCUACUCAACAGUUCGUUGAAUUUUGUCCCUCAGAUGAAASAUGAGUACAAAAAAUUGACCUAUUCAAUGGUCGACUAUGGCAAAGUAAAAUUCAACAACGACAUUAUCACACGUAAUGAGAAACGUAAACCUAACAUAACUGAAGCUUUGGACUAUUUCGACUCUAUUGCAACUUACACUGACGAAUUACGCAAAUUGCAACGCUAUCUACGCCACACAAUCAGAGACUACGUCACCGAUGCGUUAUACGAAGCCACCAAUAAGGAGGCAGUAGGCGUGGCCAUCCUUGUUGUCGUGUUGGCCGUUUCACCAAUAAUAAURUGGCUAGUCCACAACGCUGUUGCCACGAUACAACUCUACGCCGCCAACUUGGCAAAAAAAGCCAAAGAAUUGAAACGCGAGAAAAAGAAGAGCGAUUCUUUACUCUUCCAAAUGUUACCACCAAGCGUCGCGACGCAAUUGAAACAGACUCGUCAAGUCCCCGCUGAAUACUACGCCUCUGUUACGAUUUAUUUUAGCGAUAUUGUCGGAUUCACUGAAAUCGCCGCAGUGAGCACACCUUUGGAAGUUGUGACUUUUUUGAAUAAGAUUUAUCGGUUGUUUGAUGCCCGAAUUGAGUGUUACGAUGUGUACAAAGUCGAGACUAUUGGCGACUCGUACAUGGUCGCCUCGGGCUUACCUGUCACUAACGGUAAUAAACACGUGUGUGAGAUUGCAAGCAUGGCUUUGGACCUUCUGUCCGGUUCCAAACAGUUUAAAAUCCCACAUAGGAAGACCGAACGGCUUCAGAUACGUUCGGGGGCUCACACAGGACCAGUCGUGGCGGGAAUAGUGGGCUCAAAAAUGCCWAGAUAUUGUCUUUUUGGAGAUACAGUCAAUACAGCGUCGCGGAUGGAAUCGACAGGAGAAGCCUCCAAAAUUCAUAUUAGUCUCGACAUGAAAAAGGCUCUAGACCUGAUUGGAGGCUACCGUACUGAGCACAGGGGGCUUGUCGAUGUUAAGGGAAAAGGGCUCAUGGACACAUACUGGCUGACUUGCAAGGAAGGGGCAGCCAAUAGGAGCGUAGAAAUGGAAACUCCGACAUACUUUCCUGAAGAUGAAGACGCCGAACCUGUCUUCAUGCGAAGAUUGAGAGAUGAAAGCUAUUUCUGAAGAAAUAAACAUUGAAAUUUAACAUUCCUUAAUGUCGCUGUGUUGUUAUUAUUUAGGUUUUUCUAAAUGUGUGCGUGGAUCGGAUAGAUAUGUGUACAAAUAAAGAUUAUUUACAUUAUGUCACUUUUUUCUCAAAUGUCAAAAAUUGACGUAUUUCUUUUAUUAUAAUGAUGAAAUGGAGUUUAUGUAACUCUACAAAUAAAACCACAAAAAUGCAUGCGAAUAAUGUGGUUACGGUUUUAUCGAGAGUUUUAUGUAGUUAAUUAUCUGAAAAUAACUCCACGAGCCUAAAAAAUGUAAAACUUAAAUCUAAACCAGAAAUUUUGACGUAAUUUUUUUAUUAAUGAAAUGUAAUCUAUGCAACAUAAAAACAA